AAGCAUGUUACAUCCAAAGUAGGUAAAGCCUUUUAAUCAACACAAGUAAUCAUUUACCAAGGCCAUCAUUUCCAGUAACUUUUCACACGCCGAUGAUAAAUUAUAUCACAACAGAGGGUUGAAUUUCUUACGGGGCAUCUUCAAAAGGGUUUCUUCCCCUUACCCUGUGAGGAAAUAGCCUCCAGAUGUGUGUUUUCGUUUCUUCCAGAAGGGGUGGAGCAACAGCUCUGCCAUGUGUUUAAAUAAUCUUUGACCAGAGCACAGAGCAGCACAGGAAUUGAGCAAAAGAACAGCCAUGGGCUUGAUACUGCCUGUUUUGCUCGCUCUUUUUCUUUCAGUGUUAGGUGGCCUGUACCUCCUGGGAGCUUUCCGCCGGCACCGUAAAGGAGAGCCUCCACUUGAUAAAGGUCCACUGCCAUGGCUGGGUCACGUUCUCGAGUUCAGGAAAGAUACAGCAAAGUUUUUGGAGAGAAUGAAGGAGAAGCAUGGAGAUAUUUUCACCGUGCUGCUGGGAGGUUUUUACUUCACAUUCAUUAUGGAUCCUUUGUCCCUUGGCUCAGUGGUGAAGGAGGCAAGGGCAAAACUGGACUUCAGUAAAUUCGCCCAGCAUCUUGUUCGAAGAGUUUUUGGAUACAGUGGACUGGAAGGCGAUCAUAAGUACAUGCAAAUGUACAGCAACAAGCACCUGAUGGGUGAUGGUCUAGCUGUGAUGACCCAAGCCAUGAUGGCCAACCUCCAGAAUCUAAUGCUGCACAGUGCUGGAGACAAUCAAUGUGACUGGCAUGAAGACGGACUUUUCAAGUACAGCUACAACAUUGUUUUCAGAGCAGGCUAUCUGGCAUUGUUUGGCAAUGAGACUGUUGACACAUCAGGUAGCCAAGAGAAAGCCAAAGAGGAGGAUCGUCACAAAUCAGAAAAACUCUUCUAUGAAUUCCGAAAGUAUGACCAACUGUUCCCCGAUCUGGCAUACGGUGUCCUGGGACCCAGCCAGAAAAGAGAAGUAGAGCGUCUGAAGAAACACUUCUGGAAUACACUGUCAGUGCAAAAAAUGCUGAACAGAGACAACAUCAGUGGCUGGGUUUUUGACCAACAGCAAGUGAGAGCUGAGCGUGGAAUGGAAGAGUUCAUGCAGGACCGCUUCAUGUUCCUCCUGCUCUGGGCAUCGCAAGGCAACACGGGACCCUCUGCCUUCUGGCUGCUCAUGUUCCUAAUGAAGCAUCCUGAAGCCAUGAAAGCCGUAAGAGCUGAGGUGGAAGAGGUGCUUCAAGAGACUGGGCAGGAGGUCAAGCGUGGAGGACCCCUGGUGGACCUGACAAGGGACAUGCUGAUGAAGACACCGGUCCUGGACAGCGCUGUGGAGGAGACCUUACGCCUCACAGCAGCUCCCGUCCUCACUCGUGCUGUGCUGCAAGACAUGGACAUCAGGAUGGCAGAUGGCCGUGAGUAUAAUGUUCGAGAGGGAGACAGGGUGGCGCUUUUCCCCUAUUCUGCAGUGCACAUGGAUGAAGAAGUUCACCCUGAGCCAAAUAUGUUUAAAUAUAACCGCUUCCUUACAGCAGAUGGGAAGAGAAAAACAGAUUUUUACAAAAAUGGGAAAAAAGUGAAAUAUUACACCAUGCCCUGGGGAGCAGGUGUGACCAUGUGUCCCGGCCGUUUCUUUGCCACCAAUGAGCUGAAGCAGUUUGUGUUCCUGAUGCUCUCCUACUUUGAGUUUGAGUUGAAGAAUCCUGACGAGAAGACCCCAGAUAUUGAUGUACGACGUUGGGGAUUUGGGUCAAUGCAGCCCAAACAAGAUAUUACAUUCAGAUACAGGCUCAAGUUCUGAACCCACAUUGCAAAACAGCAUUGUUUUGCUGUGAUUAGCAUUGAUAAUAAUUGUUAAUGACUGGAAAUCACACUGUAACUCCUUUUACUAUGAUACACCCACUGAUGUAAUAUACUAUGGCUUCCAGGGUAUAAUCUUGUUGUCUGUAUAGAUUUUUUUAACGCGCUUAACUCACAAGCUAUUUACAGAUAUCAGAUUACAGAUAUAUUUACUGUUCGCAAAGUUAUCCUGUAUUUUUACUUACUAUUACUUUACUGUAAACUAUUUUAGUGAUAUGCCUCUCUGACUGCAAAGCAUGCAGGUAGAUUUGACAGAAAACUGCAUGCAACACAUAUGCACAUUGAUAUUACACCGUUAUACCACUGUAAAGAAUGCCAAAGCGAUGCAAUUAAUGAUUUUGCAACUUUGUUUUCCCUUUUCAACUUACUAUGUAAGCAAUUCAUGUGGAGAAUAAAAGCUUGUGGUUGAUUAAUGUACAAUGUGUACUAUUAUAUUAAUUCUUAAAUGUUCAAAUCAUAAAAUCCAUUCCCUUUAACCUCUUUCUGCUAUUGGGUGGGUGAGAUUGUGUUUUAACUAUUCCCUAAAAUGCAUUAUGCUUCAUGCUCUGUCAAGAAUGUUGAUAUACGCUUUAUGUCAAGUGCUGAACCUGUGUGUGCCUCAUACUGUAGACAUGCAUACAUCGUAAUUGUUCUAGUCAUUGCCCUUUUUUCAAAUUUGGCUCAAGCCAGAUUCAACAAUUUUAGAUCAGAGGCAAAGUCACCAAACAGGAAGGGAAGUAAUAUCUCGACAAGGUUGCAUUCCCUGAUUAACAUUUUGGUGCACUGGGCACAUUAUACUGUUAAGCAGGUCAAGUUGACCUCCCAGGUGCAAUGGCAAAUGUAAUUUGUAAAGCUGAUUUACAAAAAACACAAGCUGUGUGUUUUGUAGGACCUUCAUAUCACAUUUUAUACUGAACUGCUCUACAUAGCCAGUAUAAUGAUAAUAAUAGUCUCAGAUGUCUUCUAUACUGGCCAACCUCCUCACCACCUGGAAAAACAAAUGUUCUGCGACAAACAUUGCACUGCCUUUUGUCCCCAUACAACUAUGAUUUCAUUACAUGUUCAAUUCUGUACAGAUGCAGACUUGGCAUGCAAGAUCAAAUUGACGUUGUAGUUGUAGAAAUGAGUCUCCUCACAGCUUCCAAAGACACUUGUCCUCGGUUAAAAGAUUACAAUAGUUCGAUUUAACUCACUUCUUUUUGUUAGCUCUUCCCAAAGAAGGCUUGGGAUACAACUGUUUUCACAUCACUGGUAUGCUCGCCAUAGCAACGUCUAGAUUGAGCGCUUUAUUAUUUUUCUGUAGCCUGUUGUUUGCAGCUUUAGUCAAAUUUGCUGCACUGCCCUACAAAGGCAAAGUGCAGUAACUACAUACAUGUAUUUAGUCAAAUUUGAGUUUAGACUGAAAAUGGUCUUCAUUACUAGUCUAGAAAUAAAGGGUUUGCAAAACGGUGUAUCUCCAUUUUUUGACGUUUUCAUUUUAUUAUUGGAAAUGACUGUUCAGAGGGCCUAUCACCUAUGUGUGAAUUCUUACCAUUCAAAUACUUUAACAGCAUACUUUUUUAACCUACACAAAAUGCAUUUUGCAAUGCAAUUCAAUGGAAUACCCAAUACAAAAAUGUAAAUUUCCCAUCAUUCUACAAAAUGGAGAUACACCGUUUUGCAAAUAAACCCUUCAAAUCUAGACGCCCCUAGCGGCCGAUCCAAAUGUGUCCAGUUUUAGAGAUGUCACUAUGUCAUGUUUGCAGUGACUACAAUAUCCAACCUAAUACCAAGGCUUUGAAGGCAGUUUUCUUAGUUUCAGUGUUUUCAAUGUUAUUGCCUUUGUAGGGCAGUAUAGGCCUACAAGGGGACAGUGUUAAAAGAGAGAGGCAUUCAGAGUGUAUGAAUAAGUUAGAUCAAAUAAAACCUGACACAGAGACGUGCAUAGCACAUACUACGUGGCUCAGUCACUAUAAAGCCUUGAGGAGAUUGAUCCUACGACAGCUGUUGUUGCCUUUUGCUCAUUUAUUUAUUGGCAAGUAUAUUUUCUUUCAAACUGGGAGAACUGAUGAGCUAGACCAGAAACGUUUGUCCCCUGUCUGUCGGUUUUAUUUACUUUUUUCGGCUUUGUUUAAUACAGUUUUUGAUUCUGCAUUCAGCUCCAGUGUGCGA